CCCCAGUGCCCAGCUGGAGGAGGAGGAGGAAGAGGACUUGUCCCCUGAAGAAGACACCAGGAGGAUCAUCCAGGGGCACCUCCAGGGCAGAGCUGAGUUGCUGGAGGACAGAGCCAAACAGCUCCGCUUCCUCCAUGCUGUCCCACGUCUGUGCUUCUUGGCACAGCAGCAGGGGUGGGACACCCUGGAGCCGCACAUCUCAAAAGCGGCCCUCGUGGAGAGCAUUGCGGAGCUGAUUGAAAAUCUGCCCCUGGUGCCAGAGGCAACCUCCGUCAUCUCCAGCUCCAUGGCCGCGGUUUGCAGCCUCAGCAAACUGAAGCCGCCGCUUGCCCUGGAGCUGGAGUCACGCCUCCUGUGGGCUCUUCUUUAUAGCGUAUUUGCCAUGGGCACUGGGCAGGAUGCCAUCCACUUCCAGGCUCUGUACAACACCUAUUUACAGGGCCUGGACACCAUGCUCAGUUGCCUGCUCACCGAGACCCCCACCACAGACAAGCUGCAGCACCUCUUGGAGCACGUCCAUUUCUGGCUCCAGUCCGAAAACACCCAGGAGAGAGUCAGAGCCAUACGGUGCAGCGCUGGCCUGGUCUAGUCCGAAAACACCCAGGAGAGAGUCAGAGC